CCUUGCAAGGUUGUUGUUGUUGGAAUGGUAAAAUUGAGUAGAAACCUAAGUAUAUCAGUUUGAUCCCCUUGGAGGAAAGGCAAGAUAUAAAUAAAUGAUAGUUCAUGUUCCUCUUUCUUUUCUUCUUUUAUUUAGCUGUUAUAGACACCUCUAUUCACCAGCAGAUUCUUCCUUCUAAUGGCUGCCUCACCUUCCUUUUUGCAUCCCGAGGUGCCGGAAAGAUUUGCCAAACUAGUGAACAUCACAGUGUUAGAUGGACACGACUUGGUGUCAAAGGAGAUGGACCAGUUACCUUUGUGCGUGCCGAAUACAAUGGCAUCGUCCUUGGUGACUCUGCAAAAGUGGAAAGUUCAGCAGAAGGAACUGCGAAAUAUAAUUUCACUACCACCUUUGACUGCCAGCCUGAAGGGCCACACAGCCUGGAUGACAUUGCACACAAACCUUUGCUAUUCACUGUGACAGAAGUCUUACCAAAGGAGAAGAAGCAGAAGGAAGAGAAGACCAUUAUGCUUGGUCAAGCUGUGAUGGACCUUCUACCUUUACUGGAAGGACUCUGUGAAUUUAGUGCAACACUUCCACUAUACCCUGUGCUUGGCUCUCCCCUGGAGACCCGGCCAGAUGCCAAGUGUGUCAUCAACGUAACAGUAUCUGUGCAGGAGAGUCUGCUCUCCCUAUGGCAGUUGUCCGAGGGCAAUCUCCUUAGAGUGACUGUGGAAGGUGUUUAUUCAGUCCCUGAAUCGUUCCUGCCCACUGGACCCCCACAGAACUAUAUGAUCGGUUUGCAUGUGCCUGCUGUUGGCGAGAAAGAAUGCCCCUUCCUGUUCAAGAAUGGAGUAUUGAAGUUUGGUGGUGAGAAAGAACCACUACCCCGGCCCAAAAAGUGGCCGGUCACCAACAUCUUAGCACCAGGAGGGCAGAAUAUCCCAGACUCCUUUAUCGUUGGUGGUGCUUACGAGGAGGAGGAUGGAGAGCUGAACACACCGGAGGAUAGAGAUCUCAGGAUCCAGGGAGAAACUAUUAAAAAACGGAUUAUGUGGGACUUGGAAAGGCGCUGCUACUUAGAUCCUCUUGCUGUGCUCUGUUUUCGAAAGCGGAUUGCAGAUUGUCGGUACUGGCCUGUGGAGAUCACCAGAGUGCCUAUAAUCACUUCCACCAAAACAAAAGGUGGAAAAGGAGACAAGGGAGGAGGAGGUGGCGGAGGAGAAGAAGAGCAGAUUUCAUUUCACGGUGUGGCUUACAUCAACGUAGUGCCUUUGCUCUAUCCAGGGGUGAAGCGGAUCCGGGGUGCAUUCCGGGUCUACCCUUAUCUUGACAAUGAGGUGUUUGAAAAGACGAAGUGUCUCUUCAGUCUUUUCCGAGACAUCGGCCAUCAAGCAGCCAUGAAUAAAAUAGGGCUGCUCACCCCACAUACCAAAGGUAUCCUUGGGAAGACCGCAAAGGAAGACAAGCCCCCUAAAGAGGUCAUAAUGAGAAAGGCAUCUAAUAUUGCAAGAAGGGACACAUCUGAUACCACAAUAAUAGAAGCGGCUGUAUCUAUAUGCCAGAACAUUGAAGGACAGCAAUAUAUCGAAAGCGGGACGUUUAUUGUGAUAGAGUUUGCGCUGGACAAACCUUUGGUGCCCAAGCGUUUGCCAGAGGAGCUCGCCAACCGGGUAAAGGAGAUGAUUCCUCCACGCCCUCAACUCCCUCGAAGGACUGCAGGAGCUAAGAAGGCAGUAGAAGAUUACCACUCUCAGGUCACCAGCAUUGCUGAGGCCAUUCUGGAUGAGUAUCACGAGCUGUUUGGCAGGCAGUUGGUUGAAGGGUAUGCCAUUGACAGCCACACCCUGGAGGACCAGAAAUGCCAGCUCAACUAUGAGCUCAACAGCUCUGGGAAAUACUUUGCUUUUAAGGAGCAAAUCAAGCAUGCCGUGGUGAAAAUUGUGCGAGAGAAGUACUUGAAAACAACUGCAUUUGAAAACUUGGACCAGCUCCAAGCUUUUCUGAGUGAGCUGUACGUGUACCUGGUGGAUCAGAUGCAUGUCGCUCUGAAUCAGGUGCUGUCCCAGCAGACCCCCAGCCCUCCUCCUCCCAGCUUUACCACCUCCGAGCAGCUCCGUCUUUUUGCCCGUGAAGCCGAGAAAAACAGAGACUAUAACUUGGCAGCGACUUACUACCAGGAGAGAUUGUCUCGUGACCGCCAGGAUAUCCAGAGUUGGUUGGAUUACGGCACUUUCUGUCUGCUGACUGAAAACAAUCUCAAAGCCCAGGAGUGCUUCCGUGAGGCUGUUAGCCUGGACCCCAAUCACCUACCCAGCAUACUGCUCUGUGGCAUCAUGGCUGUGAUGCUGGAGAACUACGAAGAUGCUGAGGUCUUCUUUGAGGACGCCACCUGCUUGGAACCCUCCAGCAUUCUGGCCUGGACCAUCUUAGGGCUAUUCUAUGAUAUCCAGGAGAACGACAUUAGGGUGGAGAUGGCGUUUCAGAAGGCUUUCAAACUCCAGAAGGCUUCUCUCCAGAAGGAACGACCUCCACCUGAUGUUGCAGAUGCAGUACGAAAGGUCUCCAUAUGUCCUUCAGCGGCAGAAGUUCUUUCUGUUUCAGCGGAGGAGGAGCUGCCAUCUGUUGAAGUUUCGGACAUCCCAGAGCCGUCCAUAACCAUCCAUCGGGCAGAAGAGGAGAAAAUUCCUAAGGUCGCCAGAAAGAUGUCUCUGGCUCCCAGUAGAUUGAAGCUGGUGCCUCCAAAAGGUGAAGAAGAAUCCUUUCACCGCCUGCACGAAGAGGAAGGAGUGCCUAAGAUGUCCAGGAGGGCAUCGAUGGCUCCCAGUAGAAUGAAGCUGUCUACCAUGAAAGAAACCAGAGUUGCCUUUGAGACAGAGCCUCCCCCACUCCCUCCCCCACAGCCCCCCAUCACCAUCUUCAUGGAGACGAUUAACUUUUUGAUGGACGUCAAUGCCUUCCAGUUUGUUCACAGGGCAUUGGCACAUGAGCUGCUCUGCCCUCAAGGAGGCCCCAGCUGUGACUACUACCUGGUGCUGGCUGAGACAUACAUGCUCAAGCAGGAAUACAGCAAGACAGAAGAAUGCCUGGAAAUGGCCGUCCAGAUUGAUUACCUGAAUCCAGAGGUUUGGGCUCAGAAAGGACAUCUCUGCUACCUGACUGGGGACUUUGCCGAGGCAAAGGCCUGCUAUGAACGGACCAUCAGUUUUGUGACUGAUGCAAAGGAUAUGCAUUUUGUCUACCUGCGGUUAGGAUCCAUCUACUUAGAGAGGAAAGAGUAUGAAAAGGCAAAGGACAUCUACCUGCUGGCCAGUAAGAAAUCACCUUCCUGUCUCACAUGGCUGGGAGUAGGAAUUGCCUGCUAUAGGCUCAAAGAGAUGGCGGAGGCAGAAGAUGCCCUCUCCGAGGCCAAUGCCCUCAACAACAACAAUGCUGAAGUGUGGGCGUAUCUGGCUCUCGUCUGCAUGCAGGGUGGAAGGCAGCUAGAGGCAGAACAAUCCUACAAAUAUGCUGUCAAGCUGGAGCUGGCCAACGAGGAACUGCUUCAGGAGAUCCAUGAGGUGCAGUUAGAAGUUGGUUUUGGCGAUCCGUCUUUCUGAACUCUUCCAAUUUAUGGACACUUCGACUGUUUUGAGCAGGGGGUGAACAAAGAGUUGGGUGUUACGCAGUAGGAAGAUAUGCCAGAUUCCUACCACUGGGCACACCAAUCCACAAUGCCCUGACCUUUUUUGCUGACGUUUAUUGUAUAAAGCAGAGGUGGAGAACCCUGUGCCCCCCUCCCUUGGUGUUGCUGGGAUCCCAACUCUCAUCAACCCCAUCUAGCAUAACCAACAGUUAGGGAUUGAUGGGAACUGGAGUCCAGCAAAAUCUGGAGGUUCACCCUUGGUAUAAGGAACCUGGAAUUUUCAGGUGGCAGCUUUCUAAGCAUCUGGGAGCAAAGUGGGAUGUCUUUAAGAAAUGCAGGUAUCUUCCUUGGGACAACCCCAUGCACAUGGCAAGGAUCUUGCUGUGCGGAGUGCAGAAGCCAUGCCAUCGUUGUCAGCCACGUGAACCAGUAAGGAACCAGAAGGGCUGGCUGGCUGGCCUGCAGGGAACAGAAGUGGCGAAGCAGCAGGCCUACUCCCCAAAAUUAGUGACCUUCAGACAUCAGUGUAACAUGGGUGUUUACUUAGCCCCACAAGGAUUGGUGCAGCAAAGUGGGAGGAAGAGAUGUGUUUUAGAUCACCUACAUUGUUACAACUGCACAUUCUGUUCAGGAGCUGCUACACCUCACAGCUGAAGCAAAAGAACACAGAAUAGAUUGGGUGUGAUGCAGUAUUUUGUACCCGUGGCUUCUGAAACAAUGUCCAUGGGUGCAAGCACACAUAGAGAUUUGGAUUGGACUGGAUUGGCUCAGCCACAUAAAUUGGUCAUAGAAGGAUCCUGCGAGUAGAGGCUAAAUCCUUGGAGACUUGAGUUCACAAGAUUGUCUAAGGAUAAGUGGUGCAAGUGAUCCCCUUUUUCUUUUACAAUACCGUCAUUGUAUUUUAUGCUUAACUUUUACUUUUUGUUGACAUGUUGAUGUGUUGCAUUUGUUUUGUGAACUGCUAUUGGGUGCUAAGUAAGAAGAUCAAGAGUUGUAGAGAGAAAUUAUUUUUCACACACACACACACGCUGACACCAAAAGCAGCCGCUUGACUGUAGGCAGCAAAAAUGUCGUUUUGAUUACAUUCCCAGGCUGUAAUCCUUUGCAUGCUUUCCUGUAUGCCCCGUUGAAUCCCAUGGGUUUUACUUCCAAGAAAGCACACACAGGAUUGGCUUGCUCAUGCUACUGUUAAUGUGACGUGCAUUUUAUGAUUAAUGCCUAUGACGCUCUAAUUGUUUCACUUUUAUUUUGUAAAUUGCCUGAAAUGCAAAGUUGGAAGGGUAUACACUAUAUAGAUAUAAAUAUUUUUCUGUGUGUGUUGUUUUUUAAAAAAUGUGUAUCUUGUUGUUACACCUGUAUCUUUGUCAGGAAAAGCAAGUGAAACGGAAUUCAACAAUGGUCACACAGAUACCCAUGAAUCUGCUUCACUUCUAGGCAUGCCGCAGUGGCCCUCCAGUUGUUGUUGGACUCCAGCUCCCAUCAGACCCAGCCAGAAUGGCCAGUGCUUAGGAAUGAUGGGAGCUGGAGGAACACAGGCUCCUCAGCUUCUGGUGCUUUUUAUCAGAAAAGACACUUGUGUUACAAUUGGGUUUUUUUGUGACCUAAGUUGUUAGGUUUUGGAUCCCCAAAAGUCAUAUGCAGCAAUCCUGAGUUUCUGUACUGUAUAUGAUUUAUUUUGAUGUUUUGUUUGUUAAGACUCUUCAGGUGAAAUGUGGUUAGUUCGGGAAGGGCACAGUUGGCAGAAAAAUUCUCUCUUACAUCAGUUCUUUGAGCUCUUGUGUAAUUUCUUUUCUGAGGCUUUUGGACUCCUUCCCAACAGAUUGUGCCCUUUUCAUUUUCUCUAUAACUAUCAGCCCUAACAAAGUGUGUGAGAGAGUUCUGAAGUUUAAGCUGGGUUCUUUCUGGGUCCUUGUCCGUCCUAGGAAAUAGUGUACAAAUGGAAUGGGAUUACAAUUGUGUUGCAGAUCUAUCAACCAGAAGAAGUGGACAUUUUUUCAUCUAUGUAUCAACCAGAAGAAUUGGAAAUUUUUUCAUCUGACUUUGAAAAUUUCCCAAGUAAAGGCAGGAGGAGCGUACGGUUUGAAAAUGACUACUGAAGCUAGCUCAUUUCUGUUUUUAAAAUAAAUAUAUAUAUAUGUAUGUAUGUAUGUAUAUUCAUUAAUUUACAAAAUGUGUGAGCUAUUUGUCUUUUUUUUAAAAAAAAUGCCUGUAACAACACACAGCUAUUAAAAAUUUAUAUGGAGUUGGGAUUUAAAAUUUACAGCUUGUUAUACCCUGAAAGAAAAUUUCAUGACAAUGAUAGUACCUUACACCAAUUAGCAAAAAUGUAUAAAUCAGAGUCGUGUACUUGCUGGAUGUGUCAAG